AUGGCUUUCGGUCAAAACAUGAAUCCUUGCUGUCGUCCCCCUGUUCCAGUUUGUCCUCCCGCUCCAGUUUGUCCCCCUCCUGUUCCAGUUUGUCCUCCACCACAACCAGUAUGUGUUCCAGUUUGCUGCUGUGUUGAACGAAUCUGCUGCGAUCCUUGUUUAGGACCACGUCGAGUUACUCAAUGUUUUCAAACGAUGGUUCGAGUACGAUAA